GCGCGGGCUGCUCGGCGCCGGCACAGCCGGCGGGCCUGGAGUGGGGGGGGACCCGGCGGACGGCAUGCUGCGGCGGAUCGCGUCCCGGUGCGCCCGGGGCCUGGGGGCCGGCGGGGGCGCACAUCCUGCCGUGGGGCUCUGCCACCCCGGCCGCAGCUCCAGCAGCCGGUCCUCCGAUGCGCGCCGGAACCAGCCCCCCAGCUCCGAGUUCGUGGCGCGGCCGGUGGGCGUCUGCUCCAUGAUGCGGCUGCCGGUGCAGGCCUCCCCCGAGGGGCUGGACGCCGCCUUCGUCGGGGUGCCGCUGGACAUUGGGACCUCCAACCGGCCCGGGGCGAGAUUUGGACCUCGGCGGAUCCGGGAAGAAUCAGUGAUGCUUCGGACAGCCAACCCUAGCACGGGGGCCCUCCCCUUCCAGUCCCUCAUGGUUGCAGACCUAGGCGAUGUGAACGUCAAUCUUUACAACCUUCUGGACAGCUGCCGUCUAAUUAGAGAGGCCUAUCAGAAAAUUGUAGCAGCUGGUUGUAUUCCCCUGACCUUGGGUGGCGAUCACACAAUCACAUAUCCGAUAUUACAAGCGAUGGCAGAAAAGCAUGGCCCCGUGGGGCUGCUGCAUGUGGACGCUCACAUGGACACGGCUGACAAGGCCCUUGGAGAGAAGCUCUAUCACGGGACGCCCUUCCGCCGCUGCGUGGACGAGGGUCUCCUGGACUGUAAGCGCGUGGUGCAGAUCGGCAUCCGGGGCUCCGCCAUGACCUUGGAUCCCUACAGAUACAGCCGGAGCCAGGGCUUCCGGGUGGUUCCGGCUGAAGACUGCUGGAUGAAGUCCCUGGUUCCUCUGAUGGGGGAGGUGAGGCAGCAGAUGGGCGGCAGACCCAUUUAUAUCAGCUUUGACAUUGACGGCUUGGAUCCUGCCUAUGCCCCAGGGACAGGCACACCUGAAACUGCCGGUCUCACCCCUAGUCAGGCGCUGGAAAUCAUCCGGGGUUGUCAAGGCCUGAAUGUGGUGGGUUGUGAUCUUGUGGAAGUUUCGCCGCCCUACGAUCCUUUUGGAAACACGGCCCUUCUGGCGGCUAACUUGCUAUUUGAGAUGCUGUGUGCUCUCCCCAAAGUGAUGGUUGUCUGAACCUUGUGCUCUCCCCAAAGUGAUGGUCGUCUGAACCUUGUGCUCUUCAAGAUACAACAGGUUGUGCUGAUGACAAUUCUCAAGAAUUUAUGCGCAAGCAGUCUGAGUACUCAAAGAGUUUAUGCCAGUGAAACUUUCCGCUAAACAGUGUCCCCGGGGGCUAUAAACCCAGGGCAUUCGGUAGAACUCUAAUCCAACAGCUAAUAUUUCUAUGGAGUUUGAAUGAACUGAAUAAACAGAGAAGCACUUGUGCUGUUUUGAUGAAAGAUGCUGGAGGAUUAAGGGGAAAAGGGAGCCAAGGAACAUUUGGUUCAAGAUGAUCUAAAAAUUGGAGAAGUGAAAUAAAAAAGCCCUAGGACAUAAUCCU